UCCAAUCCCUGCGGAUCUGCAAAGGCAAAUCCCGGAAUGCAAGCCCGGGGCGGGGAAGCGCCAGGCCCGUCCCCCUGGGGCCGCGCCGCCCCCCACCCUCCCGUCGCUCAGCACUCGCUGGCCAAUCGGGGCGUCGGGGCGACCUGCCGCCAGCGCGGGAGGGAGGAGGAGGAGGAGGCUUCUUCCGGGCUCCGGGGCCCGGGUCGUGUCGGGGUGCUGUGGCCUGAGCUCAGCCGCCGGCUCCCCAUGAACGGAAUGACCUAUGGCGACCUGCACGUGAGCUUCACGCGGGAAGAGUGGGCCUUGCUGGAUCCUUCCCAGAAGAGUCUCUACAAAGAUGUGACGCUGGAGACCUACAGGAACCUUACAGCCAUAGGCUACUGUUGGAGAGAACAGGAGAUUGAAGACCACCGCCAGCGGUCCAGAAGACACGGGAGGCCUGAGAGAACAGCACCCGCUGGAGAGAAGCCGUGCGCGUGUGAUCGGUGUGGCAAAGCCUUUUCGCAAUACUUCAGCAUCCAGGUCCACAAAAGGACACACACCGGGGAGAAGCCCUACCGGUGUGACCAGUGUGGCAAGGCCUUUGCACGCAGCAGCCUCCUCCUGUACCAUAAGAGACCGCGCGCUCCAGAGAGACCCUACAAACUGAUCAAAGCAGAAAUGAGAAGAGGGACAUGAAAACAGGCUCCGGAGAGAGCCAAGGAAGCGGCACGUCAUACCACAGAAAACGGGAGGAUCUAAAGGAAAUGGAUGAUUUUCUUGAUGGGUAGCUAUCACUCACCGUAGUUACCUCGAGAACGGAACCCACAGCCCCUAAGGAUGGAGAAGCCGUCAUCAAAAGUCAUCCAAAAAAGUCAUCGAGGAGCCCUGGGCCAGAUGGCUCCAGCGCAGAAUUCUACCAGACCUUCAAAGAAGAGCUAACGCCAAUACUCCUCAAGCUAUUCCACAAAACAGAAACAGAAGGAACGCUGCCGAGCUCAUUCUACGAGGCCGGUCACCCCGAUACCUAAACCACACGGAGACCCAACGCAGAAAGGGAAUUUCAGGCCAGUCUCCCCUAUGAACAUGUCCACCGUGAGCCAAGUAGGCUUCGUCGGAGGCAUGCAGGGCUGGUUCAGCACAUGAAGAUCCAUCAUCGACGUAAUCCACCACAGAGACAACCGAAAGGAAGAAAAAAACAAACCAAAGAAACAAACACAUGAUCAUCUCCUUAGAUGCUGAAAGGCCCUUGACAAAAUCCAACACCCCCUCGUGUUUAGAGUCCUGGAGAGAUCGGGGAUAACCAGAACAUACCAGAACACAAUAAAGGCGAUCAUCCAUCAGGCCAAGAGCCAACCUCAAGUUACAUGGAGAGAGACUUAAGCCAAUGGCACUGAAAUCAGGGUCAAGACGAGGCCGCCCUCUCUCACCUCACCGCCUCUCUUCGAUACAGUACUUGAAGCACUAGCCAAAGCAAUAAGAUAGGUGAAGAGGAGCAAUGGAGAUACAAAUUGGAAUGGAAGAAGUCAAAGUACCGCUGUUUGCAGACGACACGAGCGACCCCCAAAAGUCUACCAGGGAACCCGGACCUUCAGCAAAGUGUCUGGAUACAAAAUUAACUCAAAAAAAAAAAAAAAAAAAAGAAAGAAAAAGAAAAGAAAAAAGUCAGUCGCCCUCCUGUACGCAGAGACAAAAGGGCUGAGAAAGAACGUAGGGAGACGACACCCUUCACCACAGCCACAGGGGACCUAAACUAUCUCUCUGCGACUCCAACCAAGCAAGGGAAAGACCCGUACGACAAGAACUUCAAGCCUUUAAAGAAAGAAACAUAGCGAAAAGCCACCCACAGAUGUGAUGCGGUUCCCAUCAUGAGCCCGACACACCGUUCUCCAGACCUGGAAAGAGCCACCGUGAACCCCCUUUGGGAACAAGAAAGAGGCCCAGGGUAGCCCACACCAUCCCGUACAAUAAACUGCACGGCCCUGGCGAUAGAAACAGGCUGGUGGAUCGGCGGAGCCGGGCUGAAGACCCCGAAACAACCCCCACCCCUGAUUAUCGACAAAGAGGCCGAAUGCAAUGUGGAGGAAAGAAAGGCAGCGUCUUCAGCAAAUGGGGCUGGGCCCGACGGGAUGUCCACAUGCGGAAAAGCGCAGAGAGAUCCAUGCUUAUCACCCUGCACAAAAGCAACGUCCAAGUGGAUCAAAGGCCUCCACACGAAACCGGAGUCGCUAAACCUCUUAGAAGACAAAGUGGGGGAAAGUCUGAAACUCAUGGGCCCAGGAGGCAACUUCCUGAACAGAGGACACCGACAGCACAGGCUCUGAGAGCAACCGUCGACAAGUGGGACCCCACGAGACUCUUCUGUACAGCAAAGGACACCGUCGUCGGAACAGAACGACAGCCUAUGACAUUGGGAAGGGAUCGUCACCGACCCCGCAUCUGACAGAGGGCUGAUAUCCGGAAUAUACAAAGGAACUAAAGAAGUUAAAGAGCAACAAAUCAAGGAAUCCAAGUUAAAAA